CCAACAUCCACCAAUCUGUUUCCAGGCGAGGCGCAGGAUGACGGGCCAACAUGCAAGGACCCGAUCACAUCGCUUACACAAAGCCUUCUGGCCGCUGCGACGCGCUGGCGAGCCCACAAGCCCGCCAAUUAUCUGUAUUUGUACGAAGCUCGAAGAGCAUGAAGCUGGAGAAGCAUACAACCUGAACAUAUAGCAACCGACUUCAGCUCUCAUCCACCAUCAUCAAGGGCCUCAGCCAUGGCCGCCGACCUCAGCUUGCAGCUGUCCGAGUCGCUGACUCCCGGCCGCAUCGCCGCGUAUAUCCUUGCCUUUACCAUUGGUUCCUUCAUUGUCGACUUCACAUGGAAGCCGCGAUACGGCAAAUCGCUACCCCAAGUCGGUUUCGGCGACAGCCUACUUGGAACCGUCAAGAACUGGUUCUACUAUGCUACGCGAUUCGACUCGUGGGUAGCCGAGGGCUACGACAAGUAUUCCAAACACGACCGCGCCUUCGCCGUGCCCUCGAUCCCGAGCCGCCCGCUGGAGAUCGUUGUACCCCGGUCCCAGACUGCGUGGAUGCUCGAGCUGCCGGACCGGGUGCUGUCCACAAAAGAAGCCCACCGAGAUACUCUGUACAACGAUUACCUGUUCCUCGGCUUCGACGACCACGUUCCCAUCCAGACCAUCCAUAAGCACCUGGCCCGUCACCUCGUCGGUCUCAUCCCUGGCGUGCAAGAGGAAGUCCACGGAGCAAUAGACGCGACGUUCGGCAAGGACACAGAGAACUGGAAGGCCGUGAAUCUGUGGGAGGCAUGGCUGGGUAUCGUCCCGAGAGUCACGAACCGAAUCAUUGUUGGAGCGCCAUUAUGUCGUAACCAAGAGUUCCUCGACAGCCAAGUCGCCUUCGCCGACGACGUCGUCCGCAACAGCUUCAUCCUCCACAUGUUCCCCCGGAUUUCCCACCCGCUCGUCGGGCCCCUUCUAGCCCUUGUGAACUGGUGGCACUGGCGCAAAUCAUAUCUCCACGCCAAAUCCGUCCUCCAAAAGCGCCUCUCCGACAUGGCGCGUAAGGCGUCCGGUGUGGACCCCGCCUACGAUGACUGGCAGCCGCCCGAGGACAUGAUUACCUGGCUGAUCCGCCAAGCCCAAAUCGACGGCUGGGCGUCCGAGCUCACCCCAGAGGCGCUGUCCAAAUACAUCCUGCCCAUCGAGUUCGCCGCCAUCCACACGACCGUGAUGACGGGAUUCAACCUAGUGCUUGAUUUGCUCUCCUCGGACCCGUCCCUCAACUGCCUCGAGACCAUCCGCGAGGAGACCUCGCGAGUCUUCCGGGAAGAGGGGUCCGGCACCUGGACGAAGCAGGGCCUCGCCCGCCUGCACCGCACCGACAGCGCCAUCAAGGAGAGCAUGCGCCUCAGCCACUUCGCCCGGGGUCUGACCCACCGCAAGGUGGUCGCGCGCGAGGGCGUGACCAACCCGGCCGAGGGCUGGCACGCGCCGUACGGCGCCUUCCUGAUGCUCGACCUGGCCGGCACGCACCGCGAUGCGGAGCUGUACGAGAACCCGGAUGAGUACGACCCCUGGAGGUUUUCCCGCGAGCGCGAGGCCUACGAGGCGAGGCCGGCCGCGGAGAGAAACGACGCGGAGGAGGCGCUGAGGAUCAAACGGUUGGGCAUGGUGACAACGACCGCCGAGUACCUGUCUUUCAGUCAUGGGCGGCAUGCCUGUCCCGGGCGGUUCUUUGUCGCGCACGAACUAAAGAUGAUCCUGGCUUAUCUGGUGCAGAACUAUGAGUUGAAGCCGCUGCCUGAGAGGCCGAAGAUGUUCUGGUUCGGGGCGACUGCCAUUCCGCCGGUGCAGGUCAAGAUCGAGGUCCGGAGGCGGAAGGGGACUGUAUAAGGGUAUGGUUGGCGUCUGGGGAGGGGUUUACCGUUGGUUAUACUUGGGCACUCCGUGUUUGAAUAUAAAAGGGGCACACCCUGGUGUAUUUUCGAUAAUGGCUGGAUGGUCCGUCCGGCCAUUUCGUACGAUAAGCUAUGAGAUACGACUGAGAUGCAGCAUUUUGCAUUCGCAACGCAGCGACGAAG